AAAUCUGAAGAAAAGGAUGAAGAUUUAAAGAAGACAGAAGGUAUAAGACAAAAAAUUGGUCCUGGAAAAGAUGAAGAAGUGGAAACAAUCAUCUACAUCGAACCGAUCGUUGAUGGUGCAAUCCCUAGUGCUUUAGCUUUUAAACAGCUCGAACAAAAUAUGAGCGAUCUGCAACAACAGUUCCAAGCACUGGAAGAAUUAGCGAAGACACCAGAACUUAUCGAGCGUUUAAAAGGCAAAAUCACGGAUCCCUUGACCGAUGUUUGGCAAAUUAUUAACAUCACCAAAAGAUUAGACGCUAGUGAACAAGGUAUUGAUAAGUUAACGAAAAUGGUACAAGACGUAAUGAAAGGUGACAUAAGCCUAGCGACAACCGAGAUAUCGAAGUUGGAAGAAAAAAUAACGCAUUUGGAAAGCUCUUUAAACAAUUUGGAAAAUGUCGUUAAGAAUUUGCAAGUGCUCGCAAGCGAAUAUGCCGCAGAGAUGGAACAAGAAAUCGAAAAAGAGAUAAUGGAAGGUGUACCGGAGGAGCCUCAUCCACCGGCGGCUCAACGAAUUUCGUUAAGCGAGCUCCUGGGUGGAAUAGAUAUAAAAGAAAUGCACAAAGACGUGGCUACGUUGCAGGAGGAGGUUAAUCAAAUAAAGAAUGAUUUGAAGAAUUUAGAGAACGAGUUCGGCCAAACAAAAGAUGAAUUCGUCACUAAACUAGAUAAAAAACAAAAAACUAUGCAAACACUGAAGGAGCAGCUCGAAGAAGUAGCGCAAGAAGCUAAGAAAAAAAUAGAGAUUGCAACUGAAAUAAAAGCAAUGGAAAAAGAGUCUAAAGGAGAAGAAUUUAAGGAAACGCCUAAAGAAACGCCUAAAGAAACGCCUAAGGAAACGCCUAAGGAAACACCUAAGGAAACACCUAAGGAAACACCUAAGGAAACACCUAAGGAAACGGCUAGGGAAACACCUAAGGAAACGCCUAAGGAAACACCUAAGGGAACCCCUACAAAUUCCCCAAAACCAGUGAAAGAGGAAAAAGGGGUAAAUUCGGAGGAAUUGGAGGCCGUGAAAGUACGAAUCUCAAAAUUAGAAAAGGAUGUGAUGAACUUGCACGAGAAAGUAGAGAGUACACAAAUAAUCGAGGCUGGCAAUCUCGAGAAUUUGGCGUCCAAGGUUCAGGAAAUGCAAGCUGAUGUGGAGAAAUUGACCCAAACUACAGAUAAUUUGAUGGAUGAACGCGAAACUCGCGAGAUGAAUUUCAACGCGUUACUAGAGCAAGUAGAACUUUUGAAAACGAUUAAAGCUGAUAGAGAAGAUUUGGAGGAGGCGCUUGCCGAGAAAGCUGAUGCCCAGGCGAUACACAGAAAGGUGUCUUACGACCAAUUCGAUGCGGCUUGCGAUGAUCUCGCUCACGGUCUCGAGGACGCGAUCAAUAAAUUAGGGCAACAGGAAAUGAUAUUGCAACAAGCUCUAGACGAAGUGCAAAAGGAGAUCGAGGGUAAAGUAGACAAGAUCGAGAUAUCUCCGUUGAAGGAGUUCGUGAACCAGCGACUGAAGGUGCUUCAAGAUAAGCUGAAGAAGGUAGCGGAAGCGAGAGAGGAAAUCGAAGCUGCUGGAACGAAAAAGUUGCUUAGGGAUGUUCAAUGCAUAUCCUGUGACAAAGAUGUGGUCAUGAGAAUGGAUGGCGUUCCCAGAUUUAAAGUAGAAACAUUACCAUGCACUACAAGCAUGAAGCCAUAUCUGACCUACGAGUUGGAUCAAGUUAGAAAGCAGCACAGAAAAUUGCCCCAUAGCAGAAAUAUGAUUCAAUUCGAGGCAGCUAUUCAAGAAGAAGCAAAGAAACAGAGGAGUGCAAGAGCAGAGGCUCUUGUAAAGACUCCUAGAGAUCAUCUAUGCAAUCGAUACUGCGGCGGUAGUCACACGAUUACGACUCCACAGCAGAGAGUAAUGCGAGUGGGCCAUUUCCUCACUCAGUGGGGGCCGGAAAUAAUUCAGCUGACUGAAGGGAUGAUAAAGGGAACGGAUGGUAGAAUGUACAAAAGUCGGCGUAUGCCAGAAAAAAUCGAUGUUUGUGGGCCUACAUACUGCGACUUGCCAUCGGUAAUAGUUCAUUAUCCAUGCACUUUCCAGCUUCGAAAGAUAACGGAAGAUAAUUGGAUUUCAGGACAGACAGUCGGCGAUUUCCGUGAACUCCUCUAUACCACCGCAUAAACUGCCUCCUGAGAAAAUGAUGUCUCCUACCACAAGUAGAACGAAUAGACAUUUUUAUUUUGUUUUCUUUCAAAACAAUUUUCUUAUUACAUCUAUUAUAUGUGAAUCCGUGCAUUUAAAUAUAAAAUAUUCCGUUGCUGUAUUUUUUUAUUUUCUUAUGUAUAUUUUAACAAUGGAAAGGAGUAAAGAGGUUCA